AUGCAUCCUUUUGGUGGAAUUCCAAUAUGCCCAAGUUGCAAGAAGGCUGUCUAUGCAGCAGAACAGGUAAUGGGACCAGGUAGAAAGUUAUAUCAUAAACCAUGUCUCGCGUGCACAGCGUGUCGAAAGCGACUGGACUCGUUUACCCUACUCGAGCACGACGAACAGCCCUACUGCAAAUCAUGUCACCUCAAGAACUUUGGCACCCGCGACCUUCGGCACGCUAACCUACCAUACGCCCCACCCCCCUUGGACUCUGACUCAUCUCCCGUUUCCUCACCGACACGCCGCAGCUUUUCCCCAGGCCCAAUGCCCAAGCUCAAACCCACCCGUUCUCUGGCAACAAGCCCCAUCUCCCCCACUUUCCGCUCUUCACCUCCCUUCACCUUUCCGGGUCCGAACAACGGGAGCGCCACUAAUGUCUCAGCAUCUGCUGAAGACAACGGCGCCAUCACGGAAGAAGAAGCCGAAGUACAAGACAUGCUGGACACCAAAGCGAAUGACGACGCACAACUAGAAACGGACAACGACGUAUCCUCCCCUUCCUACCCAUCCAACACAGGCCGGCCGGGAAUCGGCACGAUUCCCCGUACGAUCCCCCUCAACCUGAAUAUCGGUACUCCCAAAAGAGGGUAUACACAUCACACCACUCAGAGUCUUGGAUCCAUCGACUUGCCGCUCGCGCGAAGCAACAGCACCGCAGCAGCGGCAGCCACCCUCUUAGAGAGGGAAGGCGGAAAUCUCAGUCCCCUCAAGCGGACGGCUACAGGGACACGCUACGGCGCUGCCCUUGGCGCGGGAGGCGGAAUAGGUGUGCAGCUAACUGGCUCGCCGCGCAAGUGGGGAGCAGGCACACCUAUUUGCCCCCGUUGUGCGAAAAGCGUUUAUUUCGCCGAGCAGGUGAAAGCGGUUGGUAAAACGUGGCACAAGGGUUGUUUGCGGUGCACGGAAUGUGGGACCACCCUUGACUCGAACAAAUUACGCGAUCAUGAUGAGUCUCCAUUUUGCGUAAGGUGUUAUAGCAAGUUACACGGCCCGCAAGGAGGUGGUUAUGCUCUUCUUGGCAAGGCGGGCGGUUGA